AAAGCAUCAACGAAGCUGCUUGCUGGUGUUGAAUGAGCUGAGCGCUGGCUGCUGUGUGGCAACGUUCAAAUUCUACACGAGUGAAACCCGGCGGUGCGCGCUGGACUGGUAAAUUCCCCCUGUUAUCAGGUGGCUGCAGCUGGCUGGCUGUUUGUAGAUUGCGGGGCGGAUGAGCAUCUCGUGGGUAGAUCUACAGGUCGUGCAUCCUCGGUGUCAUGCUCUGAUCCGCCAGCCCUUCAACUCUCAGUCGCCUGCACUGCACACAGCGUGUGUUACGUGUGCUGGCAGCGCUGCACUGUACUGGCACAUGGUGGAAGCGGCGCGGGUUGUUUUACACGAGCUGACACAAAAAAAUUCCUGUAGAAUAGAUACUGCCUGCCCUUGUGGAUAGAUCACUGAUGGCAUCGACAGCAGCUGCACCAGCAUCAGGCAAUGCUGCCGCCAGCACUGCGAUGAGCGGUUUUAUUUGCCCGAACUGCGUUGUCACACUGCCCUCGGCGGAGAAACUCCAGUCCCACUGGCUCGAGUUUCAUGCUGAGGACACGCCAGGUCAUCAAGACUUCACGCACGUACCGAGGCAAACCGAUCACGUCGCUAAUUCCAGAGGCAGAGAUUCUGUUUCGCCAUCUUCAUCGGCAGUACCGGACGGUGGUGAGCGUAAUGGGGAAAACGGAGUGAAUGGCAGUGGGCAAGGGACAAACAGUGCAACGUCGUCGAACACUAGAAGCACCGACAGUCCAGUGCAGGACCGCGGCCGCCAGGAGGCUCACCAGCUGAGCAAGUCGGUGCUGUCCAGGCCGCGGGCGUGCAAGGUCUGCCACCAGAUCAUCUGGUCGGACACGAUGACCUGCCAGGUGUGUUCGUUCCACUGCCAUUUGAAAUGCGUCGACAAGGACACAUCGCUGUGUGGACGUACCUCCGCUGGUCUAGUAUCGCCAGUUCGUGCUGCCACCGCUGCCAAAGAUAAAGCCGUCGUGAGCAAGAGUGCGCCGGAUAGCAGAGCACCGCAGCCGCACGAACCACGUGGUCUUGUGUCCAAAGUGCGGCAUAAGGUUGCGCAAGGACGGGCACGUUACAUCGACGAGUCGUUUGACCUGGACCUGUGCUACAUCACGGAGCGACUCAUAGCGAUGUCAUUCCCGUCGGCCGGAGUGGAGGCAACGUAUCGUAACAACCUGAACGACGUUGCGCGUAUGCUAAAACUCAAACACAAGGAAAACUACAUGGUGUUCAACGUGUCGGAGCGUUCGUACGACGUGAGCAAGCUCAACCAUCAGGUACUAGACUUCGGCUGGCCGGAUCACCUAGCUCCACCUCUAGACCGCCUCUGCUCAAUCUGCAAAUCCAUCGACAGCUGGUUGGCAUCGGACUUGGCUAACGUAGCAGUAGUGCACUGUAAAGGUGGCAAAGGUCGCACGGGUGUAGUUGUCUCGGCCUACAUGCAUUACAGUAACCAGCAUGACCUGAGUGCAGAGGCUGCCCUUGACCUGUUUGCCAUGAAGCGUUUCUAUGACGAUAGGUGCGGCGGUGUGACACAACCGUCUCAGAGAAGGCUCGUCAAGUACUUUGAAUGGCUGUUGAAGGGUCAGAUCCAGUUCACAAAGUCACCGCUCUACCUGUCUGCCAUACUGAUUCACGGCAUUCCCAACUUUGACGGUCAUGGCUACUGUCGUCCAUAUGUCCGGGUCUAUCAAGAUCUCAAGGUGGUCUAUACGUCCGACAUUCUCACGGUCAUACCGGGCAGCGAGGCUGAUCUCAAGAAGCGCGUCGUGUUUGAGCUGGCAACGCCUCUUGUACUCCACGGUGACGUGAUGAUCAGAUGUUUUCACAAGCGUACCACAGGUCACGAGGUCAUCUUCCGACUGCAGUUCCACACGUGUGCGGCAGUGCGUGACCAGCGCAUGGUCUUGGCCAAGGCCGAGCUGGACGACGCGCACAGCGAUCGCCGCUUUCCCGACAGUGCCCGCGUGGAGCUCAUCUUCCAGCCGCCGCCGGUCGAGAUUGACGAUCCCACGAUCGCUACAGCUCUGGGCAGCAAGAUUUCUAGCGACGCAGGUGCCUUCCAGGGUUCACCACUGUUCCCGAGCAAGACGUCCAGCAAACAGGAACCGUCACCCGUCGUAAGCCCCCUGCAGAAGUCGUCUGUGCGUGGCAGGACUCGUAUUCCGCCCAAGAUCUCUGAGGACUCUCUGAUCACGGUGGAGCAGGACGACGAUACUGUCCUGGUCGAGCGGGUUGAUGAUGUUCAGUCCUCCAUUCAGGGGUCGCUGGGGAAGGUGGAUGAUGAGCUGGCAGACGUGGAGAUCGGGCGUGUUGGUUCAUUCGGUGUCACGAGCGGAGUGCAGCGUCCGCCCAAGAGGGAAAUCCCCGUCAAGGUAUCGGAGAACAGCGCUCUUGGAACUGUUAACCAGGGCUACGAGUCGAUCGCGCUGGUCGGCAAUCAGGGAGCACGGCCCGCGCACUCGACGCAAGUGACACACCAGCAGUCCACUAUGUCGGCUAGCUCCGCUGGCGGCUCCGACCUGAUCUCGCUGGAGGACACCAUCAGUAACGCGGAGCGCCAGCUGCACUUCCCGCCGGUCGAUGCUGUCAAGUCGGCGUCAUGCUAUUUGCUUGAACACGUUGACCAGGUCCCGGAGUUGCCGUCAAGACGGAAAAGCCCGCGCGGAUCGCACGACGGUGACCUCAACGUCGAACAGAGUGCGUCCAUGCGCACGUUCCCACACUCGAUGGCAACGUCGGUCGAUGAU